CAGGGAGGGCCUCUUCCUCCCAUCUCACUGUCUUUCUUCCUUUAUUUAGAGCUCUUGACCCUCCUCCCCUACUUAGGAUACAAAAUGAUGAAAGGUGCAAGGCUGUACAAGCAUUCAACUCCCUCACUUCACAGUCGUGGAUACUAAGGCCCAGCAAGAAAGUCUGACUUGCUCCCAGCCCGUGAGGGCCAAAGUCAGGACCAGGACCCGGCCCGUUUCCUUUCCUGUCUGGAUGCACUAGGGCUGGGCUCCGGGUGAGGACAGCGGCAGGUGGCCUGCAGUCAGCCCCCAGGGCCUGACAGGGCUCCUGACCACUCCGGGGAGACGCCUGGCCCUAGGAAAGACUGGUCUCCUCGGCCUCUAAUCCAGCCUGGGUCUUGUUCCCUCGUGCCGUUUUGGAGAAACUGCUGAAUCCACAGAGGGAAGUGAAACUCUGAGGGGCUGUCGAGUUGGGCUACAGGCUUGUGACAACCCCCCGCUAAGUUGAGAGGACGGCGCUUGGCCGGGCUCCUGGAGGGCCCACGGUCCCCUGUGCUCCUGUUUCAGGUCAUGGUGGCUUUGUCAAUGAUCCUUGUUUUUCUGGUGGCCCUGGGCAAAGGCGAGCAUGAGGAGGACAUCAAGAUCUCAUCCCCAGGGAAGGCCACAGCGUGGAGGGCUCCUGAUCAGCCCCUGCCGGGGUCCUGCGAGCCAGCCCCCUCCUGUGAGGCGUGCAUCCGCUCACACCCAAGCUGCGCAUGGUGCAAGCAACUGAACUUCACGGCUGCGGGGGAGGCCGAAGAGCGGCGCUGUGCUCAGCGGGAGGAGUUACUGGCUCGGGGCUGCCCCCCGGAGGAGCUGCAGGAGCCCCACGGGUGGCAGGAGGUGCAGCAGAACAAGUCGCUGGGCCAGGGCGCCGGUGGCGAGGGGGCCACCCAGCUGGCACCGCAGCGGGUCCGGGUCAUGCUGCGACCGGGGGAGCCCCAGAAGCUCCAAGUCCACUUCCUCCGCGCCGAGGGGUACCCCGUGGACCUGUACUACCUCAUGGACCUGAGCUACUCCAUGAAGGACGACCUGGAGCAGGUGCGCAGUCUGGGGCAGGCCCUGCUGACGGAGCUGCAGAACACCACCGGCUCCGUGCGCAUAGGCUUCGGCUCCUUCGUGGACAAGACGGUGCUGCCUUUCGUGAGCACCAUGCCCGCCAAGCUUCGCCACCCCUGCCCCACCCGGCUGGAGCGCUGCCAGCCCGCCUUCAGCUUCCAGCACGUGCUGUCCCUCACUGAGGACGCCGGGGCCUUCGAGCGGGAGGUGGGGCGCCAGAAUGUGUCCGGCAACCUGGACUCGCCGGAGGGCGGCUUCGACGCCAUCAUGCAGGCUGCGCUCUGCCAGGAGCAGAUUGGCUGGAGAAACGUGUCCCGGCUGCUGGUGUUCACGUCGGACGACACCUUCCACACGGCGGGGGACGGGAAGCUGGGCGGCAUCUACAUGCCCAGCGACGGGCGCUGCCACCUGGACGGCAACGGCCUGUACCACCGGAACCGCGACUACGACUACCCCUCCGUGGGCCAAGUGGCCCAGGCCCUCUCUGCGGCGAACAUCCAGCCCAUCUUCGCGGUCACCAGCACGAUACUUCCCGUGUACGAGGAGCUGAGUAAGCUGAUCCCGAAGUCUGUGGUGGGGGAGCUGAGCAAGGACUCCAGCAACGUGGUGCAGCUCAUCAAGGACGCCUAUAAUAGCCUGUCAUCCACCGUGACGCUGCAGCACGACCCACUCCCGGCCGGGGUCUCCGCCUCCAUCGAGUCUCAGUGCGGGGGCGCGGAGGGCGCAGAGGGGGCUGCGGGCGGGCACCAGUGUAAUGACGUCCGGAUCAACCAGAUGGUGAACUUCCAGAUUACUCUCCAAGCUACCCGGUGCCUCCCAGAGCCCCACGACCUGACGUUCAAGGUCCUCGGCUUCAGGGACGAGCUGACUGUGGAGCUGAGCACCCUGUGUGACUGCAACUGCAGUGACACCAAGCCCAACGCGCCCUACUGCAGUGGCGGCCAGGGGCACCUGCAGUGUGGGGUGUGCAGUUGUGCUCCGGGCCGCCGGGGUCGGCUCUGCGAGUGCUCGGAGGCCGAGCAGUCCUCCCCGGACAUGGAAUCUGGGUGCCGAGGCCCCAACGGGACGGGACCCCUGUGCAGCGGGAAGGGCCAGUGCCAGUGCGGGCGCUGCAGCUGCAGUGGGCAGAGCUCCGGCCGCCUGUGCGAGUGUGACGACGCCAGCUGCGAGCGCCACCAGGGCCUGCUUUGUGGAGGUUUCGGCCUCUGCCAAUGUGGAGUGUGCCACUGUCACGCCAACUACACGGGCAGAGCGUGCGAAUGCAGCGGGGACACGCACCGCUGCGCCGGCCCUGCGGGCGGGCUGUGCAGCGGCCACGGGCACUGCAGAUGCAACCGCUGCCGCUGCUUUACUGGCUACUACGGCGCCCUGUGCGACCAGUGCUCGGGCUGCAAGACGCCGUGCGAGGACUUCCGCUCCCAGCCUGGCUGUCUCCUCCCAGAGGCGGCAUUCGACACCCAGACGGUCGUGCUGGGCAGCAUAGGGGGCAUCGUGGCAGUGGGGCUGGUCGUGGUGCUGGCUUACCGCCUCUCGGUGGAGAUCUACGACCGCAGGGAGUACCAGCGCUUCGAGAGGGAGUGGCAGCAGCUGAGCUGGCGGCAGGAAAGAAAUCCUCUCUACAGAAGCGCCAUCACCACCACCAUCAAUCCCCGCUUUCAAGCAGCAGAGUCUGCCCUCUCCUGAGGAGGGAGGGACACGCCUCGGGCCCCUGUGGGAGACGUGGGUCUCUCAGGACGCAGCCUGGCGCCCCCCCGCCCCAGCGCCAGCUUACCCCUCAGACUGCACCACAGCCUUCAGAGAACCGCUGUCCUGUCCCCCAGCCAGCUCCGCUCUCCUCUGCCACCCGCGCCGGGUCCAUGGGCCUGAGCGUGCAAGGCGGCUGCCGCAGUAGCUGGGGGCGGACUCCCAGGGCCAGGCCGACGCUCGCAAGGGGACACUGACCGCAUCCCAGCGACACCGCCAGCACCUGCACCCCCACCCUUCAGCUUGAGCCUGCCCGUGUCUUGGGAGUUGACGCUGACAGCGCUUACUUCCACUUACCCCUCCUCUGUGGGCGCCUGUGUUUCGACAUGGCCACUUGUAGGGUAGGAGAAAUUGUGGGGUGGCUAUGUUUGGCAGGAAAAAAAGCAAGAUUCUGGUCUGAGUGAAGCAGCUCCCGGCCCUCCCUGGCGGCGCAGUGGGUUCAGGCGCAGCACUGCAAACCAGCAGCAGCCCCUCGGUGCGAGCUUGAUCCCUGCGAGCUGACCCCCAGGCGCAGCAGACUCCUCCUGUCUCCCCGCUGCUCCC